AUGCAGAUUAAAGCCCAAGUGGUUGUUCAAGAGAGAGCCAGAGUUAUAGAAGAAGAGCCACCCUCAACAAAUAUAGAAUUUUUAGAAAGAAGACCAGAUCUUAAUAGAGGACACCAAAAUCUUAAGCCUAUAACAGUAUAA